CCGGGUGCGGCCUACGUGCCAGGGCCGGGGAUGCAGUCGCAGCCUGGCCGAGUAGACUGCUAGGAACCGCAUAAACAGAUCGUUCCAUCCGGUGCUGGGCACGGGGAAGACCUCACAUUAGGCAGAUGGGAUGUGGUCCAGCAUCAGCGAGUGGUUCUGGCAGGACAGGUUCUGGCUGCCACCCAACAGCUCGUGGGCUGACCUGGAGGACCAGCAUGGCCUGGUGUACGCCCACCCCCGGGACAUGCUGGCGGCCCUGCCCCUGGCACUGGCCCUGGUGGCCGUGCGCUUCACCUUCGAGAGGGACCUGGGAGAUUUCUGCGUUCGGCUUUGUCUCUUCCCCAGCCACGAGGAGCUUCCUGCUGUCUGAGCUCCCCCCGGACACAGGCUGGAUACCAGGAACCUGGCAGUGCCCAUUGAGGUUUGUGGGCCGGCCCCUCAGCCGGUGGCUGGGUGUGCGGAGUCAGGCCAGGAGGCCCGUGAGGCCCAACGCCACCCUGGAGAAGCACUUCCUCCAGGAAGGGUGGAGACCCGAGGAGCCCCAGAUGGCCCUCCUAGCCGCCCAGUGCGGCCUCACGCUGCGGCAGACACAGCGCUGGUUCCGGAGACGCCGGAACCUGGACCGGCCCUGCCUGACCAAGAAGUUCUGUGAGGCCAGUUGGAGGUUCGCCUUCUAUCUGUGCUCCUUCCUCUGCGGCCUCUCUCUGCUGUACCACGAGUCAUGGCUGUGGACGCCGGCACUGUGCUGGGACAGUUACCCAAAGCAGCCCCUGAAGCCGGCCCUGUACUGCUACUAUCUCCUGGAGUUGAGUUUCUACAUCUCACUGCUGAUGACACUGCCCUUCGAUAUCAAGCGCAAGGACUUCAGGGAGCAGUUGGUGCACCACUUCGUGGCCAUCACCCUGAUCACCUUCUCCUACUGCUCAAACCUGCUGCGCAUCGGCUCGCUGGUUCUGCUGCUGCACGACUCCUCCGACUACCUGCUGGAGGCCUGUAAGAUGUUCAAUUACACGCACCGGCGACAUAUAUGCGACGCUCUCUUUGUCAUCUUCUCCUUGGUGUUCUUGUACACUCGCCUCGUGCUCUUCCCCACCCAGAUCCUGUACACCACGUUCUUCGAGUCCAUCGCUGAGUCAGGCCCCUUCUUUGGCUACUACUUCUUCAACGCACUCUUGGCAACGCUGCAGCUGCUGCACGUCUUCUGGUCCUACCUCGUCCUUCGCAUGAUCUGCAACUUCGCCAUAAAAGGCCAGGUAAAGGACAUUCGCAGUGACAUGGAGGAGUCAGACCCGAGCGACAGGGAGGCUGCCCCGGAGGGGCCUCAGCUGAAGAACGGGGCUGCCGCCGUCGACGGGCCUCGGAGCCGGGCGGUCGGGCGGCUAGCCAAUGGGCACACGCGGGCCACGUAGCCUGCCCCGGACUGGCCGUGAGGGGCCGCCCCAUGUGCCCAGGGGCGGCCCUUAGGCCAGCUCUGCAGAGACAGGGAGGGCCCCACCCGAGGCCGGGGGCCUGGGGCCGGGCUAAUGAUCUGUCUGCAGCCCCUUCCUUCUGCCCCACCCCCGCUCCUUCCCUUGGGCAACCGGACAGAGCUGGGGGGUGGGGGUGGCAGCUGGACGCUGUGACCUGCCAGAGCCACCCUCCAGGCUGCAACCUGGGGACUGUGAAGAGCCCCAGGUUAAAAGGGGUCCAAUAAAACUUGAACGGAGCCAGAUUCUCUGCCUGGGAGCCUGUGUCCCUGAGAUAGCACCUUGUGCACUCCGGGAAGCUCCGAGAGAGCCUGCGAUUCUACUUGCCCCACUGGUGGGACCCACACUGUCACCCUGAGACACAGGCCCUCUCCCAGGGGCCCAGACAGCAAGCAGCUCAUGGAGACCCCCCACCACCACCACCCAACUCCCAGCCAAGCCGCCCCCUUCAACCCUGGAAGAGCGUCCAGCCAGCCACACAGAGCCAGCCCAUGACUCAGGAGGCUCAGCCCUUUGCCAAGGGUCACACGGGUCCGAGGCCCGGCAGGUGUCCCACAGCCCCUGCUCAAGCCUGGCAGAAGCACUCCCUCGUGGUCCCUAGGGCCUCCCCGGAGUGGAGGUGGGGGCUGGGGGGUGCAUCCCUGCAGGCUCCCCAAGGGUCUGCCUGGGCGCAACCACUGGCUCUCAGGGGGCCCUGCAGGGAGGUACCCCGUCCCUUUGGGACAGGCUGAGGGGCCUGUGUCCCCUGCCCCAGAAAUCCCAGCCACCAGGCCCCACAGCAGACCCUUCAGGGAGUCACCAAGGAGGAAGCGAGUCAUAGACAAAAGCAGUAGGUGGCAGAGGACAGGGUGAGAUGCAGGGAAGAGGCAGUGCGUCCCAGAUGGAAGACAGACCCGACGGAGGAAGAAAACGGGGCUGAGAGGGGCAGGUCAGAAGAGGAAUGGCUGGAAGCAGAGACGGAGGAGGAGCCGGAACAGCGGGAAGACCGGCGUCAGGAAGGGGGUGGGUUGGGGCGGGGCCACCGUCUGUCCGUUUCCACAAGGGGUGAUGGCAUGGGUGCCAGAGAAACAGAAGGCGUGCAGGCAGCAGGGGCACGAGGCUGGAGGAGGGAGCAGAAAGGGCCUGGGGAGAGACAGGGCGAUGGCAGGAAAUGAAAAGAGGGCAGAGGAGAGAGAGACCAAGGGAGAAAGAGAAAAGAAUUUAGGAAGAGAGAAGCCGACUCAAGGGAGGCGUGGCAUGGAUGCGGGUCCACAGGAAAGACGCAGAUGGCCUUGAAGCAGGUGAAAGGAUGCUCCAUCUGGCCCCACACAAGCAAAGUGCAAAGGAGGGCCACGUGGAAAUACCAGUCCUCACCUGCUUUCCUGGCGGAAGGACAGAGCAUCGCGACUCUGUUGGUGAGACUUGCAGGGAAUGUGGGCCUCUUAUGCUGCCCCUCUCGCCCCAAAAGUCAAUCUGGUAAUAACUACAAAUACAAAUACUUCUCCUUUUUACCCCUAAAGACAAAUCUAGAUAUUCCGAGCAUGCCUACAAUCAGUAGGAAAAGGACAACUGACCUAAAAUAGGAGCAAAAGACACAUCGGACAUUUGCAGAAGAGAAGAUGCUCAUUAACAUACAGAGACACGAUCUCCAUCCUCAGGGAAAUGCAGAGCAAGACUGAGACACCGUUUGAGACCCAUUCGAUUAGCAAAAAUGAAACGGGACAAAGCAAGUGUUGGAGAAGAUAAGGCUCAAUAAGAAUCUCGCUCAAUAAGUAUUCCCGGGGGAAAGCGUACGUUGGUACAGUCAUUUCGGUAAACCACUCGGCAUCGUGUAAAAUCACUGACCAUCCUUUAAAGUUCAGAAGCAACUCAAAACAAAAUGACAGACGUUCAUGCCUGAGCAAUACAUCUAGUAGAAGUAUUUUCUCUAAAAAACAGAAUUCAGAAGAGUGAUGUUACCUCUAAUUUGGGAGGCAAAGCAAUGAGAUUGUAGUCAGAAUAAAUUACGGUCACUAUUCUAGCAUUUGAAGUUGUGAGGUGCUGUGACAGAUACGCAUAUUCAUAUUAAUACUAUUAAUAUUCAUAUUAAUACAAUUUAAAGGGGGCACACAAUGAGACCACCUACAGAAUGGGAGAAAAUAUUUGCAGAUCAUAUACCCAAAAAGGGUCUAGUAUCCAGAAAUGUAAAGAGCUCUUGUAACUCAACCACAAACUAAUAGAUCAGCAAUAGACUUGAACAGACGUUUCCAAAGAAGGUAACAAAUAGCCAGGAAAGCACAUGAAAGGAUGUUUAGCAUCAUUAGGCCUAGGAAAAUGUAAAUCAAAACCUUAAGAUCCUACUUCACAUCCAUAAGGAUGGGUACAGGAAAAAAAUAUAACCCAGUGUUGGUGAGGAUGUGGAAAAAUUUUAACAACCAGUGUACAUUGCUGGUGGGCUUGUAGAAAUGGCUGAUCAGUAUAGGACAUGGUUUGGCAAUUCCUCAGAAAACCAAACCUAGAAUAACUAUACAACCCAGCAGUUCCAUUCCUAGGUACAGACCCCAAAGAAUUGAAUGUUCAUAGCAGCGUUGUUUGCAAUAACCAAAAGAUGGAAACAACCUAAAUGUCCAGCAAUGGGAGACUGGGUAAAUAAACCACAGUCUAUCCAUAUAAAGGAAUCCUAUUUAGCCAGAAAAAGGAAAUAAUGGAUACACACUACAAACAUAGGUGAACCUGAAAAACAUUACAGGAUGCAGAAACACACUUCAUGGCUCCUUUUAUAUGAAAUAUCUAGAAUAGCUAAACCUAUAAAAAUAGAAGGCAGAUUGAUAGCUGCCAGGGUCCUGGAGGAAGGAAGGAAUAGAGAAUAAUUGUUUAAUGGAUGGAGGUAUUUUUUAGAGUGAAUCUUAUCCCAAAUUUCAGUGAGAACAAGGGCAGGAAAGGGGCCUGCAGGAUUUGAACAUGCAAAUCACUGGAGUGGAGUUUUUUAAACGUGGGAAAACAUAACGGAUUGUUAUUCAGUCUUAAAAAGGAAGGAAAUUGUGACAUGCUUUGAUGUAAAUAAACUGAGGACAUUACACUAAGUAAAGUAAGCCGGACACAAAGGGCAGAUCCCGUCUGAUCCCACUCCCAGGAGGUCCCUAGAGGACCCACAUCCACAGAGACAGAAAGGGAGGGGGGUGGGGAGUGAGUGUUUCGUGGGGGCAUAGCUUCAGUUUGGGGAGAUGGAAAGUUCUGCCGAUGGGGGAGGUGAAGACGGCGGCACGACGUGUGAAAGUGAUUCAUGCCCUGAGCUGCGCACUUAGACAUGGUCAAAACGGUAAAUUUCAUGUUAUGUAUAUUUUGCAAUUAAAAAACCACGUAGGUGAAGGUCACUUGGUGGAAGGCGAGCAAAUGGAUACACGCUGGGAACGCUGCCAAGCAAGCAGGUGGCGGAAACCCAGGGCUGGGUGGGAAUCAGGUUGCAGGGAGAGCGCCACCUACUGGCAGCUCUCUGCAUUUUCAAGGGGCUGAAAAUUCCCCGGAGUCUGGGAGCCACAUUUCCUCAAACAUACCUCCAUUCCCGUUUACCAAUCAUCCUGGCAGAACGGAGGGCAUCAGCGAGAAAACAGGAGCCGGCGGAAACACUUCCACGGCCACCACCGCCCCCGACCUGCCGACCUGCCAGCCCAGCCUCCCUACCUGCUGCGGUGAGGAAACCCCUUGCCGUGAAUGCAGGCAAACCGCUCCCCCAGCUCCUGCCCCACCUUUCUCCCUGUACUGGAUUAUUCCCACCAGCACGCAAAGAUGCUGAUUCAUUUGCCAUCUGGGUUUUUGGUUGGGUUUUAUCGUUGAGGUGAAGUCCACGUAACAUAAAAUGAACUAUUUAGAAGUAACCUUCGAUGGCGUUGCAUAUACAUGUAUGAUAAGAUGCUGCCCAUCAGUUAUCAUCCGGGAAAUACAAACGGAAGCAACGAGAGACCAUCACACACCUAUGGGAAUGGCCCCAAGCCGGACACCGACACCACCGAAUGCGGGCACGGAUGGGGAGCAGCAGGGACUCUGUUCAUCGCUGGGGGAACGCAAACUGUCCAGCCGUUUUGGAAGGGAGUUCGGCCAUGUCUUACAAAGCUAAACAUACUCUUACCAUAGGAUGCAGCAAUUGCACCCUGGCGUAUUUACACCAAGGAAUUGAAAGCUAUGUCCACACAAAAACCUGCACACAGAUGUUUCCAGCAGCUUUAUUCACAAAUGCCAAAACUUGCAAGCAACCCGGAUGUCCUUCAGUAGGUGAAUGGAUAAACGGUGGGACAUCCAGACGGUGGGAUUUUACUUGGUGCAAAAAGGAAAUGAGCUCUCAAGCCCUGAGAAGACAAGGAGGGCCCUUAAAAGCCUAUUACUGAGUGAGAGAAGCCACUCUGAGAAGUCCACCUGCUGUAGGGUCCCAACUGUGGGACACCCUGGGGAAGGCAAGACUAUGGGCACAGUGGCUACCCGGGGCUUGGGGAGGGAGUGGGGAAUAGGUGGAGCCCAGCGGAUUUUUAGGGCAGUGGAAAUACUGUAUAUGAUGUCAUUAUGAGCGAUCUAUGCCACUCAUUUGUCCAGACUCACAGAAUGUACACUGUCAAUGAUGAGCCCUCAUGUCUUCCAUGGGCUUGGGGUGAUGAUGUCCGUAUAGGUUCAUCAAGCGCAACAGAGGGACCCCUCCAGGGGGUGGGGGGGAUGUUGAUAAUGUGGGUAGGAGGUGUAUGGGAACUCUCUACUUUCCUUUUCUUGUUGCUGUGAACCUACAAGUGAUCUUAAAAGAGUCAUUAAAAAAUGUUUUCAUCAUCCCAAAAUAAAACCCUUUACUCGCUAA